UUUUUUUUUUAAGUCACGUGUGUGUAUUUUUUUUUCUUCUCUUUAUCUUGAUUCAAUGACUCAAAAUACAGAUUGGUCUACAUUCCAUGCGUUUAAAGAUCCUGCUAGAGUAGACAAUAAGUCUAAUUUUCUACUUUCUUCUCCCUCAUCUGUUCCUUCCAUGUUUGAUCCAUUCGAUAUACAACAACAGAAAGAAGAACAAGAGGACGAUAUGCAUGAUCUCAGUCAACGCUUUAUUUCUAGUCACUUAUUGGAUGAUGAUGAAGAUGAAGACAGGAUGGUCAAUACACCCAUUGAACCAUCUGUCUGGAACAAGACAUGGAAACCUACUAGUGAAAUGAAAGAUAUUUGGAACACGUCCCAUGAGUCUAGUUUUGAACCUGAUGUGGAUGAAUUUGACCCUACACUUCAAUUCUAUCAUGGUUCAUUGUACGAUGCGCAUACGAUUCAAGACAUGAAUCGACUUUUGCUUCAAGUGACCAAUCCCUCAGCAGAAGAAGCACAAGCAGAGAAUGUGGAUGAGGACAUGUCGACACUUCAAAUGAUGCAAACCAUCUUUUCUGAUCUAAAAGAUGAGGAACUGAUUGCGACUUUGGAACAACAUGAUUAUGAUGUGGAUAGAGCUAUUGAAGCCUUAUUGACCCAGAAAUUGACGAUUGAAAAACCUCCUGUUGUACCAGAGACACCUAAAAAACGACAAGUGUGUCGACAUUUCUUGGCAGGGGAAUGUUAUCGAAAAGAUUGUUGGUUUGCGCAUGAUUUACAAGAAAAAGUGUGCAAGUUUUGGUUACAAGGGAGUUGCUUAAAAGGAGACUCUUGUGAGUUUUCACAUGGGAUUGAUAUUCAAGAAGUAGCCAACAAGAUCACCAUACCCGAAACAAAGCCCAAAGUGGCAAAACCUAUUGUUUAUCAUCAAGGUGAUUAUCCUGCUUUAUCAGCCAGUAAGACCCCCAAGUAUCAAUCACAACCACAACCACAACAACAGGAUGAUGAUGAGUUUCCUUCAUUAGCAGCAGCAUCCACCAAGAAAUCAACGAAGCAACCUACGAUGAUUAAUUUUGCUCAAGUAGCUAAAAAGAAAAAGACAUCACCUAUCAAACAAAAGAAGCAACAGACAUUCAGUCGAUAUCAUACCAAAUCUUAUAAAUACAGUAUGCAGGAAUUAACUCGACCUGUUCAUAUACCAUGGUUAGAAACAGGUAGUUCAUUGAAUUCCAUCUAUAUGAAAGAGAGAGAGAAAGCCAUUGAAUAUGGUAUGCUUCGAAAUCGAUUCUUUAGUAAAGCAACAGAAUACUACCUUAAAGGAGAUGGUGCAAAGGCAAAACUGUAUUCAAUGGAAGCCAAACACUAUAAUCGCCUCAUGCAAGAAAUGCAUACAGAAGCAAGUCAGCGUAUAUUUGAACAACGAUCCAAUCAUGAAGCAUUUAUUGAUUUACAUGGUUUACAUGAAGACGAAGCACUGAGUAUUGUGGAAGAACGAUUACACCAUUUAAAAUCAUGUUAUUCUGGGAUUAUCUAUAUCGUGACUGGUACUGGACAUCAUUCGGGUAGGAAUGGUCUGAGUAAGAAACAGAGUAAAUUGAAGCCUAGUAUUCAACAGUACUUGAAACAACAUCAUUAUCGAUUUGCAGAGACAAGUAUUGUGGGUGAUAAUCAAGGUGGUGUAUUUGCUGUAGAAAUUUAAUAAUAAUAACAAUAAUAACAAUAAAUUGAAUGGUCCGUCACACAUAAACGCACACGCCACUUUCCUUUUUUGAUGUUACUUGUUGAAAGACUUUAAAGACUUGAAGAUUCAUGUUUAAAAGAAGUAGAAGAA